AUGCCGGGCCCCGCGCCGCCCGCCGCGAGCGAGCCCUGCGCGCCCUGCGGGUCCUUCGCGCUCGACCUCGCGGCGGAGAUCGGCCACACGACGUGCCGGCGCUGCGGCUUCCCGAAGCGCGCCCACGGCCCGCCGGCGACGCUCCAGUCGCCGGAGCUGCGGCGGAAGCUGAGCAAGCGCGAAUCGAUCAACGGAGCCGUCGAGCUGCACGACGGCGACGACCUCCGCGAGCGGCUCCGCGGCGACGUCGCGCGCGGCGGGGCGCCGCGGCCCUGCCGCAACUUCCGCCGCGACCUGAGCGGGCGGAGCUACGACUCGUGCGUCUGCGGCUGGGCCCAGGGCGACCACGGCGCCAAGGAGCCGACGCGCGGCGCGUCGUCGGAGCUGCGGGACGCGCUCCGGGGCACGAGCCGCCGGUCCUUCGACGAGGCCAACGACUGCUUCGUCUCCGUGAAGAUCCCCGCCGACGCGCCGGCCCACGGCGACGACAGCGACGACGACGCGGACGCGGAGGCCGCCUUCUUCUGCGGCGGGCCCGCGGCCGGGUCCUUCGCCUGCAGCGGGUUCUCCUUCCUGAGCUAG